AUGUCACCUGAACCCACGCUCGUUGCCAUGCCUGAAGUGGUGAAGGACCACUUAUUCCAAUAUUUGAGUUAUUUCGACAUUGUUCGUCUCCACAAAACUUGCCACGACCUACGGGACUACAUCACCGUGAACCGGCCAAAUGCACGUUAUCGAAUGAUUGAAGUCUUCCAAGCCAUGAACAACAUACAAGUGAUUCUCAAAACAGAGGAUAAAGAUGGUGAAACUAACUCUUUUUUUCUUAUAUAUAGAGAACAGGAAGGUGGUUGUUUGAUCGAGACUGCUGAAUAUAAUAGAGAUAAUAGAAGAACUCGGAGUGUUAACGGCGUCAACUAUUCGGAAGCUUUUUUCCACGACUUUGGAUUGCUUCUGAAGCACCAAAAGUCGAUUUUGUUUGAAAUCGAAAUUACACCGGUUAACUCACAAAAACAACGAUCCCAGUUCUGGAAAGCAAUGCAGAAAGCGUUUGAAAGAUCUGGUAGAAUCAGAUCCCAACGCUGUAUUCUAAGACAUGUGACCGCUCCUGAUGUGCUCUCCAUCCUUCCUUUCUUCGACGCGACGUGCAUUGAAAAUAUCGAGCUUACCGGAAUGGAAGAUGGUCAAGUCAACCCAAUGGAUGGGAUCAUCGAGUUGAAGCAUUGGAAGAACUUGAAAUCUGUAAUCCUUGAUGACUUCAGUAUUGGCAACAUUGCUCAAAACAUUGCGCAUUUAAAUGAUUUCUGCUGUGAUACCCCGGCACUGACAGUCGAGGACGUGUUUCAAAUAAAAAAUGUGAGUGAUGCAACUAUUAAAUAA